AUGAAUAUACGUGGCAUAGAAGCAACGGUUACGUCCUGUAUUGGCGGUAAAGACGAGAAAUUUGCAGUUCAAGUGCGACUUGCUGCUUCAGUGAGCGUCUAUUUCGUCUACAAGACAAUGGACGAGUUUGAUGCACUCUGGAAAGCACUGGAAAAUCUCGGGAAAGGACGUCAUUGCAAUGGUGAAGACGAGGUCAAGACCGAGGAGAACAAGUCGAGUCGAUUGACCAAGUGGGUGACAAGAAUCGUGGACCAGUACGCGUUCCGAGAGAUCAUUUGCGACCUCCGUGCACAGGAGAAAGAGACCAUGAACACUCUUAAUGUGUUGCUACGGUUCCUUGUUGCGCGUGUGUCUGCGCUCUUGAUGGAACGCAAUCUACUGCACUGUGGUUCAUGCACAAUGGGGCGUGAACUUGUGCAAGUCGUGCGGGAAUUUCUGCAGGAGCCGGUUACUAGCAAGACUCAAGGGAAGAGUGAAGCUAUCUACAGUAUCAAGGACGGACUUAAACGCUCUUUUGAAGAGAUGCGUCCUGAAGAUGGCGAGAAACAACGCAGUAGUUUGUUUCCUACACGUAGCGGGAGUGAUCAACCAGUCAAGACACAAAAGAUGUGUGGUAUGCGCGAGUGGACUAUCCCACCCGUAACUAAGUUUGGCAUGGUCGUGCCUGUGGCGUCCCGACGCCGUGUGUUUGCCGAGGUGGAGUUUUGA